AUGUCCUUGCUCAGCGAUGCUGUAUUAAAGAUUAAGCACACUGAGAAAAAGAGCAGCCAAGAUCAUAUGGCGGUAGACGGCCCAAGACUAAAGAGCAAUGUCAACAACGAGAAACAGAGGGAGGAGGCUACGCAGCACAGAAGGGAGAAUGACGGCAAGGCACGUCAGCAGGAGACUGAGGAGAUCAGACGUCGAUAUGGCGACCUGCCUCUGGUCCAAUCGAGAGACCGCAAACGUGAGCAGCGAGCCCAGCUCAAGACCGUGUCGGUGGAGGACGUUGGCCAGGAGAUCACCUUCCGAUGCUGCAUCCAUACUGUUCGCAAGAUGAGCGCCAAGCUGGCUUUCGUUGUGUUCCGGCAACAGUUGGGAACUGUAUAA